AUGGGACAAAUUUUAAACCGACAGUUGGUGUUGGAUGCUGAGAUGGAGUGUGGGGUGUGUUUAGAGACCUAUAAUCUCCAGGCCCGGCUGCCUCGGUCCCUCACUUGUGGCCACACCCUAUGUUCCAAGUGCAUCACUGGUAUACUGAGGGUCACACGUGUUCUAUACUGUCCCUUCUGCAGAGCCUAUCACUCCUGGUUCCUCUCGUCGGCCCUUAGUAUUGCUGUCAACUACCGCUUGGUUCAGCAGAUGAGGGAGAGUGGUGAGGUGUUGGCUCCUGAUACAGACGCAGUUGAAAACACCGAGGACCACCCGCCCCAGCAGCAACUUCCUCGGCAAGCCCCCCUUCGCCAUCACCAGCCGUGA